AUGUUGCCUGGCUGCCCAGCUGAUGAGGUGCUUCAGACUACUGCACCUAUCCCGCGGAACGGCGCUCCGGACCUCUGGACCCUGAUUUCCAAACUUACGACAGAAAAAAAGGUCUAUUUCAUGGCUCAUGCAGGGCCCAAUCCUGUUGUUUCCAGGAUAAUGUCUGCAGCGAUAUUGGUCGGACCCUGCAAAUCCCUUUUGUGUCCCCAGGGUUUCUCCAUACUCAAGUUCAACGCCGGAAGAUAA